AUGGAGCCCCCUGAAUCAUAUCCCAUCUCUCCUGACAAGUCUCCGAGUAUGCAGUCCAUUGUGGAUAAUACCACGAAACGUGUCACGCUGGUCCUUCCAACUGCUCCGGAAGUAAUUGACCUCGACGUUGAAGAAAAUGAUGCUGCUCCCGUUGCUGAACAGGAUGAUGAAGCUAAUCUAAAUGCACUCAAGAAAACUUGGUGUUCAGUAGUCUAUACAUUUUUUAAGCUUGAUGCUGUGGCUGUCCAGUAUCACAAUGGACAUUUAGUUCAUUUCUUCCCUUGUGGGGCACACAAGUGCAAACUCUCUGUCGGAGGUGUCCGCCGCUUCCAGGACUCCAAGGAUAAGUCAUCGACUACAAAUCUAAGGCACCACGCCAAUGGCUGCUGGGGCAAAGAGGCAGUUGAUUGUGCAUUUAAUGGCAGAAAGGUACCAGCCACGAGCGGAUCAGUUUUCUCUGCCUUUGCUCGAAAAGGACAACAACCUGUCCGUCAUACUUAUCAAAUGCACACGAGUAACAAAGUUCAGUGA